AUGCAUCGUUUCAUAUUUGCAAUAGCAUAUAUUUGCUUUUUGAUCUCAAGAGGCUAUGCCGUGACUGUUCCGCCACCAUCCCAAGACUCCUGGUAUCGUCAGCCUAGUGACAUCGGGCGCUACUCACCGGGAGAUGUGAUCCGAUCUCGUCAUGUGGCGCCACAGCUGGAAUCAUUCCUCUCAUUCCCGGCCAAUGUUUCGGUGAAGAGCGUCACACAAUAUCUUUUUCGGACAACUGAUAACCUGAGAACACCCGUUGCUUCCGUCGCAACACUGAUUGAGCCUUUCCGCGCUGAUUCUUCCAAACUUCUUGGUUACCAAACAUUCUAUGAUAGCGCUUCGGUCGAUUGCAGUCCGUCAUAUACGCUUCAAGCUAAGAAUGAUGAUCCCGAAUUCGCUAUGCGGAAUCUCAAUCUGUCCGUGGACAUAGCCUUUAUGGCUUCGGCGUUGAAUCUAGGUUGGUGGGUUCUGACCACGGAUUAUGAAGGUCUCAAUGCAGAAUACACUGUGGGAAUUCAAUCAGGGAAUGCUGUUUUGGAUUCGGUGCGAGCAGUGUUGCGGUACGGGCCAGAGGAGGGACUGUCAGAGAAUCCGCGGUAUGCUCUCUGGGGUUAUUCCGGGGGCGCACUAGCUAGCUCUUGGGCCGCAGAGGUUCAACCCGCAUAUGCACCGGAACUUGAUUUCGCUGGAGUGGCCUUGGGAGGACUGACACCUAACGUUAGCUCCGUGUUUAACACAAUCCACAAUGGUGUUUACGCGGGAUUAGCUUUCCGCGGCAUCUAUGGAAUGGCGAAGGCGUAUCCCAAUCUUACUCAGUGGAUGGAGCAAGAACUGCUGCCCUUGAAGUCUGAAGAUUUUUUUGCGAUCGCGGGAGGGUGCAAUGGCGAUGGGACGAGUCAAGACCUUUAUAGCUUUUUCAAAAAUGGAGAAGCUUCAUUCAAAAAGGCGAUACCCCAAGCUGUUUUCAGAUGGUCUGGUCAAAUGGGAAUCCACGGUACUCCAACGGCACCAUUGUUCAUUUAUAAAGCCACCAGUGACGAGAUCAGUCCCGUAGCGGACACAGAAUUUUUGGUGAAACAAUAUUGCUCCAGAGGUGUUGACGUUGAGUAUCAUCGAGAUUUAGUGGGGAAUCACGAAACGGAAGCAAUUACAGGAUCGGCGAGUGCUUUAGAAUGGCUUUAUGAUCGGUUGGAUGGAAAUGCAGUUGUAGAAGGGUGUCACACGGAAGAUGUGGUAUUAACCUCCCUUCACGUCAGAACAGCUGCCCUUCUUGGCGAGGUGAUCUUCUCCAUCUUGCAGUCGACGGUCGGCGGGAUGCUAUAA